UGCUCAAAGAACUUGUCUUGUUGAAAAUGACGUCAAUACUUGCCCUCUAGGCAAAUUUAAUUAAAGAAGGGAAAAAAAUGCAGACAAUCAAGUGCCCUUCUCUUCCUGGACCUCGUGUUUAAUACGAAAGACUAAAGGUGCUUUACAUCAAGUCAUCAACCAUGUCUCAUCAAAAGGAUGAAAACCUGGAGUAUGAUUAUGUGCAACCAAUGCAAGAUUCUGACAGUUAUGUUUAUUACUCACCAGAAUCUGCCUUCAAUCAUCCCUAUGCUGCUGAAGGAACCCAAACUAAUUACUCACAUUAUGGAAGUUAUCAAAGCCCAUUUCAGAAAGUGGAUCAUCAAUAUUCAGUCCCACGAAACAUGUAUACAAGUGACUUUGAAUCAGGACCAAAAGGAUAUUCAAGAACUUUCAGUGGCAAUGAUUUAUUGGCCGAUAAUACAGCAGCAUCUGGAAGAUGUUUAAGAAGAUUCAAUUCUGAUAUACCCUCUUACUGUGACUUUGGAACUUACAACCCAUUUCAAGGUAGCCCCCUAGAAAUUGCCAACUUAAGCCUUCUAGAAACUCGACCAGUGUUGGAUGAGCAAGUUCAACAUAUUACUGAACCAACAUAUGAGUCUGAACUGCUGCAGGAAGAACCUGCUGAAGUAGUUCAAAGUAAACGCACUUAUAAAGAUGUUCUCACUUUCGCAACAAGAAGUGAAAGCCCUGGCAAUGUGAGUGAAGAGCUGUCCAAGAAAUCAAAAGUGGAAAAUGAAAUUCGCAAAGAAACUUAUAAAGAAAAGUUAUUGAGUCCAAAGCAAGAAACACCAUCCAGUUUUACUAAAGCAACACCACCCCCACUGAAACCUGGUUUAAACAAUCACAGAAGCCAAGUCAAUACUAACCCGAAAAGACCAUUGAAAAUAAACAACAAUUUGGCAUCUGGAAAUAAUACAAAAGGUAAUGCCAAAAGCCCGAGCGAGAAAAAUUGGCAUUCUGUGAAUGAAUCGGUACGCAGUGUCCGGUCUCAAACAGAUCUUGGUGGCAUUAAAAAAAAGAACCGACCGUCUUUGAUUGAUAGUCCUUCUUUUGAGCUACCACCAUCGGACGAUGAAUCCGUUACUCCAGUAGAAGUUCGCACGAAAGAUCUAAAGAAGAAUGAAAGGAUUAAAAUCAAAAUAAAAGAAAAGGACAGUGAAAAAACUAAUCGACGCCAAACCAAAAGAAACCCACCUCCCAGCACCAGUGCAACACUUGCGCGUGCCUAUUUCCCUAAGCUUGCUCGUUUCUGUGGAUGGUUCUUCUUGUGGUUGUACAACUUGUGCGCUGACGUUAUUCAGAUGAGUUGCAAUUUGAUUUGGGUGGGACUUCAGCAAUGUCGCACGGUUUUGUGGGAGAAAAGUUUCUUGGUCACUGAAUGGAUAUCAUUUCAGACACGGACUUGCCGUCAAUAUGUUACAACUAAUUGGUUGCCGUCCAUUCGUGAAUUUUUCCGAUUUUUUCAACGCAAAUCAGCUGACGAAGGAAGCAGCACAUUAGGUGGUUUAAAUGCCAAUAUCCCUUUACCUGCUACCGGAGAAGAAGCUAUGCAUCGUUUAUUGGCUUGCAAAGGAAGAGAUCCAUACAGCAUCCUGGGUGUUCGACGAGAUUGCUCCGACGAAGAGAUUCGACGUUACUACAAGCGACAAGCUGUUUUAGUUCACCCAGAUAAAAAUCGACAACGGGGAGCUGAAGAGGCCUUCAAAAUCUUAGCGCAUGCCUUUGAAUUGGUUGGUCAGCCAGAGCGACGCAGCCACUACGACCAAUUAGUACAAGAAGCAGACGAGAUGGAAUCUGCUUGGGCCGAGCUCAACGAACUACUCUCACGGUUGCAUGCCAAAAUGGACGAAGCCGCAAACACAAUUCGGUGCACCAAUUGUGCCAAGCGUCACAGAAGAGUGAAAACUAAUCGGCCUUGCUAUGCUGCUCGAUAUUGUCAGGAUUGCAAAAUUCAUCAUUCCGCCCGCGAAGGGGACCUAUGGGCUGAAUCACGAUACAUGGGCUUUCGUUCUAAAUACUACGCUUGCAUGGAAGGUGCCGUUUAUGAUAUCACAGAAUGGGCAAAUUGCCAGGCUGGACAUCUUCGUCAUUUGCAAUCUAAUUCUCAUCGCGUUCAGUACCGUAUAGUUCCGGGCCAAGGUCAACCGAGCAGUGGAGGUGGCCGUAAAUCAAGUUGAUUCUAAUAAACGCCUUAUUGUCUUCAAAAUUAUGACAUUGAUCAUUUUUGUUGUUGUUGAUUUCUAUUGCUAAAGUGUCCUAUCGGGUGAUUUGUAACUAAUACCUUUGGUGCCUUUUUUUCAAACAAUUUUGCUUUGUCUGGUAUUUGGAAAUUUUCUUUUGUCGUAGAAUCUCGUAACGAGGUCCCCCCCCCCUCCCCAAUGAUUUGUUCCUUCCUUCCCAGUUUAAUACACAAUUACACAUGGUAACUUAAUCUGUGUUGCCAUCAGAUUAA